AUGCCUUUUCAUCUUUUUUCUUCCCGCUUUCCAUCCCUCGCCAGUAUUCUUGUCAAACAAAAAACUCUAUCUGAAAUAUCUCAUUUUCGAUUCAAGUCAGACGCGUAUCACGCAAGUUUUGCUCAUUUUACAGAAUUAAGUCUGUUACUUGCUUUUUAUUCUUUUUCUAACGUUUUUUACUCACUUUUUUAUUUUGUCCUUUUUUCGUUACGCAUUCGUCAUUUUUUCUGGAAUCGGCCUAAAUUUUAUUUUCUAUGCUUCAUACUUUUUUACGUUUGCAUCCCUUUCGUUCAUUUUCUUUUCUCUUUUCUCUUUCUUUCUCAAUUUGCGUUUAUCAUUCAUUUCUUCCUUUCCUUUUCUCUUAAUUUGCCUUUCAAUUUCUUUCGUUCUGUCUUUUUUCAUUCUUACUUAAUAUGCGUUUCUCAUUCAUUUCAUUUGCUUCUCUCUUUCUUUAGUUUUCUAUUAAUUUGUCAUUUUCUUUCUCUCUUAUUUCUUUCUUUCUUUCUUCACCAGCAUUCUCUUUCUUUUUCUUCCUUUCUUAAUCUGCGUUUAUCAUUCAUUUCAAUGCUUCUCUCUUUCUUUCCUUGUCUCCUAAUUGUCUUUGAAUUCAUUUUAUUGCUUCUCUCAUUCUUUCUUUUCUCCUUCCUUUUCUUUUCUAUUCUUCAGAGUUUCUGUUUUUCUCUUUCCUCGUAUUUCUCUCUACAUAUUCACUUUAUUUUCAUACUAAUGCACCGAAGACUUUCUCAGAAUUUUUCUUAUACACCAGCGUGA